AGCAUCUCAGACACAAACUACACAAACCCCUCUGACCUCCAAGUCCUAACUUCACAUCACAAUGGAGGCUGGAGGGCUGAUUGCUGAGGUGGGCUGGACCGAGUUCGACUUCUCGUUGCAGGGCGAGGAGUCGGAGAUAAUGGCGCAGCUGCUUGGUGCCUUCCCCUCCCAUGGUGAGGAAGGUCACCAAGAGCUGCCUUGGUCUGAUCAAGCUUCCAGUGCAUACAGUGGCAGCAUUGGCAGUAGCCUUGUUGCUCCACCUGCAUAUGAGGGCUACUAUUUGAGUAACUCAAAUGAGGCCCUUGGGAUCGGCACCUGCUUUUCCCCAGAUGACCUGAGCUUGGUCCAGGAGCAAGAUGCAGCUGAGUUUCUGAAUGUGUUUUCAAACCGUUCCCUUAAUUUGUACGGGAACUGUGACAUGAGCCGCUGCGAUGUUGAUGAGCCAAGCAUGAGUAUGCUCGACUCAGUAAGUGCUAUUAACAAGAGAAAGGACUUGGUAGAAGAACUUGGUGGCCAAACAAGAGGUCGGAAAUGCGCACGGAAGGGUGAAACUAAGCGAGCGAAGAGGGGCAAGAGGAGUGGUGAUGAUGACGACGAUGAUGCGAGUAUCGCGAUCACAGGUGGAAGCCCAACGAGCUGCUGCACUUCUGACAGUGAUUCAAAUGCAUCUCUGGAGUCUGCAGCUGCUGAUGCUCCCCCAAAAGGCAAGGCUCGGGCUGGCCGUGGCGCGACAACUGAACCCCAGAGCAUCUAUGCAAGGAAAAGGAGGGAAAGGAUCAAUGAGAGGCUGAAGAUACUGCAGAACCUCGUGCCCAACGGGACCAAAGUAGAUAUCAGCACCAUGCUCGAAGAAGCGGUCCACUAUGUGAAGUUCCUGCAGCUUCAGAUCAAGCUCCUGAGCUCUGAUGAUAUGUGGAUGUAUGCGCCCAUUGCAUAUAACGGGAUGAACAUUGGAAUUGAUCUGAUCAUGGACAGAUGAUCCGACGCCACCUGUGUUCUUGUAACCACACUGGAACUGCUGAUGAACUGAGUUCAUCAGCAGUUGCUGAAGGAUCAUACUGAUAGGUACAAAAGUAGCAUACUGGCAAAAGCCACGCCAGCUGCAUGCCUACUGCACUACUCACAUCAAGCGACGGCUUUUGUUCUCUCAGAAGAGACACCUUUUGACAAGAUCAGUAAACUCAGAUCCAUUUUCUUUUAUGUGAUUUAGCG